AUGCCAUCCACCCCCCUCUCUCACCCUCUCCCCCAAACCAUCAAAGCCCUCCUCCAACCCGACAUCCACAGCCCCAAACUAAUCCUCGCCACAAUUCCCACACCCAUCGCCACCCCAGAAACCACCGAGCAUCUCAUCCACGUGCACUCCACCUCUCCCUGCGCAGGCGAACUAACCUGGACCGCCAACCUCUCCGCCUACACUUCUCUCCUGCCUACACUCUCCCUCUCCUCCAUAACCUCCAAGUUACAAAUCCCCUGCUACGACCUCUCAGGAACCGUUGUUACCGCACCUCCUAACUCCCCUUUCCCCCCCGGCACAGAAAUCUACACCCGCACAUCCUUUUCCCGCCCCGGAAACGCACGCGCCUACACCAUCGCACUAACAUCCGAACUCGCGCGCAAACCGCACAAUCUCUCCUGGGAAGAAGCAGCCAGUAUAACCACUUUAGCGCCUUUACGGCAUGGCAGGCAUUGUAUGUACAUGGGGGUAUGCGCUGCGUGUAUUGCGCUCGAUGCGAAGAUUGAGAAUGAGGGGAGACGGUGUUGA